CACGGUUCGUUUACCAUUCCAUUUCCCUCUUUUCGUUUUGUGUUUUCUUACCAUGAUCUAGUUCAUAUUUGUUCUAUGACAGUUUUUGUUUGUUAGAUUGGCAGAACAUCAAAUUGAACGAAAAGAAUGGACAAAAAAAACAAUUUGUUACACUCAUAAAAUAAAAUUUCAGGCAAAUUGAAAUAUUUAGUGUUUGAAUUGUUAGGAUUUUUCCUUUCAGAACCGAAUAUCUUUUUUGACAAUAAAAACGUUUGGUUGUUUUGACACGAAGUUCGUGUAUGAUAGGCUUCAGGCCUUAAAUGUCCCAAAAAUUGAUUUUCCUGCUUCGAGUCUUAUUAAAAAAUUUUAUGAUCCGAAAAAAUAUUGCCAAAUAGUUUGUAUUUCUUAUUAGCAAAACUCUUCAAAAGUGGUUUACUUUUUUGAGGUAUCAAUGAAUUAUUCAAAUCAUAUGCUUCAUAUGCUGAGAGUUACCUUGCUAUCAGCUGAGUUUGAGAAAAGUUGAAUAACAAUGAACAAACAUCGCCGUUCUAUCAAACACGUUUUUAUCUGAGAGAAGCUCUUAAUGCGGUUCUACGCAUAAUAUUAGAGAUUACUAUGCUUAGUUCUCCAGCUCUUACUGAUUCUGAAGUUCCUAAGCCUCUGCUUUCAUUUCGAAGCGAAAAACGAGGUGUUAAAAAUUAGGUGGAACAGUUGCCACGAGGGAUAAAAGGUAUAAACCAGAACACCCAGAAGGGAGAAUCAGAAGCCCACAAUGUCUGAUCACGUGACUGGUUCAUCAUCCGAUGAGAAAAAAAAUGAGUCAUCAGUUGACUUCCUCAGUGUUAGUAACGACGUCUGUGUGAUCAAAGACUGCUACAAGUACAAGGGGGUGGUGUUGGAGGACUUUGUGGACAAGCAGAGCAUCCAGAAGAUACCAUAUAUGGAAGUGUACGAAGAUGACACUUUUAUUGUGAGCUACCCCAGAACUGGAACCACCUGGACUGAGAAAAUCCUCGCUUGUCUCCUCGAAGGAGUUGCAGUAGCCUCAACUAUAGACGUCGAAGCCAGAUUCCCUUUCCUCGACUUUACUCAGCCAGAACACCCAGACUGUCCCGCCUAUGAUGGACUGCAACUGGCACAGACACAGGCCAGACCGAGGUUCAUCAAGAGUCAUCUGCCGGCUAGUUUGCUGCCGGAUAUUCUGAGCAAAGGUGCGAAGAUGAUCUUCAUCCAGCGUGACCCUGCCGACACCCUGGUGAGUCACUACCACUUCUACAGAAACAUAGUGUGGAUCCAGUACAAUGGAAGUCUGGACGCCAUGCUGGAGGCAUUCCUUUCAGACCAACACACAUACGGCGGAUACUUCAAUUGGUAUCGAGACUGGGCUAAAGCGUUGGAGAAGUACCCAGGGGCCAAAGUGCAUUUUCUCAACUACGAGACCAUGAAAGCAGACUUGGAGGGAGAGAUAGAGAAACUAGCUGGCUUCAUCGGGAAGACAGUGUCCAGCGAAGAGGUGAAGGAAAUGGCACAGGUGAGUGGGUUUGAGCACAUGAAGAAAAACGUGGACAUUCCCGGGGUGCCCAAUUUCAUCAGAUCGGGCAAGGUGGGAGAGGGUAAACAGACUCUGAAUGCACAACAGCUGCAGAAGAUCAAGGAGAAAACAGACGAGCUCAAAUCCACUGCUAUUGCUCUCAAGAUGAACAAUUAUUAAAUCAAUAAAACAAUCUAAAACUUGUUUAACAAUAAAUGUGAGUAAAUUGUCACAUAAUAAUGUAUUUCAGUUUGUAAGUGUUUUUGUAAAACAUAGCGAAGUAUGUAUGGUGCUUACCAAUGCAAUUCAAAAUUCAGUUAAAUAUAAACCCUCACACU